AUGCAGAGUGGAUAUAAAGCAAGGAUCUGCGCAUCCAAAGAUGUUUGUGGAAUAUGGAAGAUUAACAAGGUACAUCUAGACCAUAAUCAUAAGACAAGCCCUUCGAAGUCUAGGCUGUAUCGAUGCAAUCGAGAGUUGAGUGCACAUGUUAAACGAAGACUCGAAGUGAAUGACAUGGCAGGAAUUCCAUUACACAAGAGUUUUAACUCUGCAAUUGUUGAAGCGGGUGGGUAUGAGAAUUUGAGUUGCAUCGAGAAGAAUUGUCGUAACUGUGUUGAGAAAGUUAGGCGUUUAAGACUUGGACAAGGGGACGCAUCAGCACUACAAUCAUACUUCUCUAAAAUGCAGGCACAGAGCGCGGACUUUUACUUUAGUAUAGAUCUAGAUGACGAUUUGCGUCUAAAGAAUGUUUUUUGGGCAGACUAUAGGAGUAGGCAAGCAUAUAAGGAGUUCGGUGAUGUUGUCACAUUUGACACCACAUACCUCACGAAUAAGUAUGAUAUGCCAUUUGCUCCUUUUGUUGGAGUGAACCACCAUGGACAGUCGACACUCCUUGGAUGUGGUCUGGUCUCGAAUAAGGAUACAGAGACAUUUGUCUGGCUUUUUCGAACAUGGCUGCAAUGCAUGCAUGGACUGGCUCCGCAUGGGAUAGUUACGGAUCAGGAUAGGGCUAUGCAAAAUGCAAUCCAGAUUGUGUUUCCCAAUACAAAGCAUAGAUGGUGUUUGUGGCACAUAAUGAAGAAGUUGCCUGAGAAGUUCGGAUACCAUGUGGAUAAGGGGUCUAUAUUCACUACUAUACACAGUUUGGUCUACGAUUGUCAGUUUGUAGAAGAUUUCGAAAACGGUUGGAGAGUGAUGGUAGAAAGGUUUCACUUAUAUGAGAAUGAGUGGUUGGCGGGUUUGUACGAGAAUAGAGAACAUUGGGUACCUUGCUAUUUAAAAACCACAUUCUGGGCAGGGAUGUCAACUACUCAACGCAGUGAGAGUAUGCAUGCAUUCUUUGAUGGUUAUGUACAUUCGAAGACGACGUUGAAGCAAUUUGUUGAACAAUACGAACAAGCAUUGAGAAACAAGGUUGAGAAGGAGUUUCAAGCAGAUUUCAAGUCGUUCUCGCAAAUGGUACCAUGCGCAUCAAGAUAUGGAAUUGAGAAGCAAUUUCAAGCAGUUUACACAAUUUCGAAAUUUUAG